AUGCUAUCCGCGCAAGCAAGCCAUGCCUGCCGUGCUGCCCUGGGAUGUUGCCUCGCAAGUUGCUUCUUGCUGCUGCCGGCCUUGCGUCAGAUGUUCUCUCCGGAGGUGCAGCCACUGCUGCCCACGGCUGCAGUGAUGUCACUGUUCUGCUCUGGCAGUUCCCUGGAGGAAACCAGCGUCCUGUGUUUCGAGUCCGUUGUCGGCACGCUGCUUGCAGUUGUGAACGCCGCUGCCAGCCGCAACAUCGCACUUCAGGAAGUGUCAGCCGUGCCUGGACAGACGGUCGUCGGCGCUUCCAUCAUUGCUUCCUCCAUUGCUUUGGUCAUGCUUGCAUGUCUGCUGCCCAUCUCCGAGAACGCCAAGAUGUACACAGUCGGCCUCACCGCUUACUUCGCUAUGGACUGCUUCAGGAAUUCCACCCUACCGAUCAUCACGUUCUGUGUUGAGUACACCAUGGUGAGCCUGCUGGGGUCCUCCUGCACCCUGUUGGCCUACACGCUUCCCCUACCAGGAAUUCAGGACCCCCGAGCAAUGAAGAGCGCGGCUGCUGCUUUCAGCGACGUUGCAGACGGCUGUGCUGAGGUCAUCACCGAAGCCACGGUGGCUUUUUUGGGGACAGGUGCUGGUGAUGCCUGGCGGGCCAUUGCGCAGCAGCGCCUACGUGAGCUUUGGGAGAGGCUGGCGGAGGCUAAGGCCACGGCAGAGUACUGGCCUCUUGCCGCGGCGCAGAUGCUCCACCCCACCGGGCGCCUGCACAUGGCCAGGAGGCGACUGCACCAGGAAGCUGCUUUCGCAUCUGCCGAAGAGACGCUUGACAUUUGCUGUUUGCUUUGCGAACUGGCUGCGAGGCCCCACGGCGCAGAAGCCGGCCUGGAAGCAGAUUUAGUUCGAAGCGCUGCAGAGCCGGCUAUCAUGCGAGUUGCUGAUGGAGCAGCAGCCUUGCUGCGAGACUUCGGCCGCACCAACUUCCAACAGGCAGGGCUCCAGACGACCGGUGCAGGAUGGGCGGCGAACGACGUGCACAGGAAACGGCUCCGCGAGGCGGCAGAGACUGCUUUGAGGAACAGUAGCGCGGCAGCGCAGGAGCUGCUGCUUCUGAAGCAGUUCCAAAGCCGUAGUGAUGCCUCCAAGCUCGAGCGAGGGGAGACGUUUGCCAGCGCACGAUCGGAGAUGGCUUCUUUCCUGUUUCUCGUGCAUGGCCUUGCCGCGGAUUUGCUCAAGCGAGAAGGCUCCAGCGCACAGCGGGCGGAGACCCUGCAGGAGCUAUCGAUGAUGCCCCGUGCCUCGAGGGCACGUUCGUUGUCUGCUGACCUGGCUGAGGACUUCCUGACCUCGAGCCUUUGGGUCGAAAGCAAGGCACUACAGGAGCCUCUGCUGAGCCCAGAGCAGCAACGCUGGCGCAAGAACUGGGGAUACCGAGAAAGAACAUACCAGGCAGUUUCGUCGGCCGUUAGGCUGAGGUGGCGCAUUGCGCUUAAGGUCUCCCUGUCCUACUUUCUCGCAUUGCUCCUGGACUUGCACUACGGCCUGGACAGCGCGCUGGUUUGUACCGUGAGCUACUUGUCCAGCUACGGUUCCCAGUACGCAGGGGGCUCCUUGCGCCGUGCCAUCUCGCGUGGCGUCGGGGUCGCUGCAGGGGCGACGGUGGGAAGUGUUCUGCAGCACCUGUCCAUCUCUGUCGCUGUCUCCAAGCUCACGCAGCUCUGGCUCCUCGCCCCGCUGGCGAUUCACCUCCUUGUGACUCUUUGCUUUAUUGGGUCCUGGACCUUCUGCUGCAUGCUAGUCUACUUUCGAAAAGGUCCCUACGCCUAUGUCGGCUUCGUCGCCGCCUUUACAGCCAUCAAGUUCCUCUCUUGCCUGCCUGGUGAAAGCCUGCAGCUGACUGCGACGGUCGCGUCCACCAUGUAUGCUUGCCUGUUGGCCGUGGUGGUGGAGACGUGCGUCCUGCCCAUAGAUGCUCGUGACUUGAUGCAGGCGCGUGUCGCCUCCAGCCUCGUGGGAGUGGGUGUGGUGUUGCCGGCCCUGGUGACGGCCGAUGAGGCGCGAACCACCUUGGUGAAGCAGACCAUCGACAACGAAGGCUUGCCAGACCUCACGGAGCGCUUAAAGGAAGUGGGGGCCUACGAGCGGUACUUGGAAUGGCGGGAGGGCUACAUGCGCUGGAGACAAGGUCUGCAUUCUGGCGCCAAGGGCGAGGUCACCAAGAAGAUCGAGGUUGCAACGCCCACUUCUGCACCCAAACGGGUGGUGACCUCCUUCCGCCCGCGGGACCAGCCGGCUCUGCCAUCAGACCUGCACCCCUCCGCCGUCGAUCUCACGGCGUCGAUCAAUAGCCAAGUUGACGGCAUCCAACUGACUGUGGAGCCGAGCGCACGGGAUCUGCAGAACGUGGAGAAUGUGCAGAAUGUGCAUGUCAGGGCUGUGGCAGAGAUGCCGGGCUUGGCCGAGUUGCUCGCCAAAGCGAAGGGCGACGACGAUGCCUCGCGCGAGCAGCGAGAGC